CACCCAUCGUUCUCGCCCGCCCUUCAUACAAAAAAGUUGCCUACUCCCACCGCAUCCACUCUUUCUACCUGCUCAUCACAACCUUCGACUGCUUGCUGCGAACCCACGAUUGCCCGCCUCCGUCGAGGCAAUUUCGCCUCCAUUCACCAGUCGCUCGACUACCGAGCCAUCGUUGCCUAUUUCGCAGCAAUAGUCCGCCUACCUGCUAUUUCCGACCUCCAAUACCCGCUUCCGCCAUGGCCCGCGAACACAUCGCCCACGUAGAAGACUAUGAUGAGGAGGCCGGUGCUGUCGUCCAGGGCAGCGGACAAUACGCCCGCUCCAUCGCCCCAGGAAGCCCAGGCAAGACGAAGGCCAACAGCAAGUCCCGCAGAGAAAAGACCACGAAGAGGCCUUCCGCCUCCCCACCACACGCCCUGACCGACUCGGACGACACUAUUCACCCCGUCGUGUCAGACAAGAGAGACAGGGACAGGGACAGGGAAAGAGAAAGGGAAAGACGCACUGAAGAGAGGGACGCCGCUGCCGCCGCCGCAGCAGAUAAGGAGGCCCGUCGAGAGGAGAAGCGCCGUCAGCAGAAGAAAGAACAAGAGAGGGCUGCGCGCCACGCCGAUCGCGAACGUGUCGAACGGGAGCGUGAGCAGCGUGACCGAGCCGCCCCCAAAAAGACUCCGGUGCGUCCGUCGGCGAGGCCCGGCAAGACGGCGCCUGUCGUCCAUACCCAACAGGCGGACCAGUAUAGAAGGCCACGAUUCGAAGAUGACGCCUCGCAGUACGGCAUUCAACCGGCCCAGGGCCCGCGCCCUAGGGCCAUGUCGAACCGCCCAAGCAGCUACUACGGCCCAGGCUCCCGACCUCCAACCUCCAACAAGCAAUGGCACGCCGCUCAGGCCAUCUCGCCUUUCGCCCCGGCCCCCAACUCCUCACCCUUCGCGCCCUCUCCUCACGCCCCCCUUCAUGCUUCUCAGCAUGCUUCGUCGCCUUUCGCCCCGGCUCCGAUGCCGCUUCCUAUGGCCGGGCAAUCGCCUUUCGCGCCCGACAUGCCGUAUGCCCCGCCAGCCUGGGGUCCAGGGGCUCCGUACCCAAUGCAGCCACCGCCUCCGCUAACACCGACUGACUACUUCCCACCGACCACUCCCAUGGCCAGCAGCCCCCAGCAUUCCAACCUGGCUCGGCGCUUCCAGCAGAGGCCUUCGUCCGCCAUGGGACACCGAACCAUGUCUUCGUCGUCUCUUGACUACGAUGACUAUGGGCCGACUUACGAACAAGAGAACAUAGUUAUGCCUCAGUCGCUGAAGAUCCGAGACGUGGAGGAUCGCAAAUUGAUGCCGCCGCCUCCACAGCGCUCGAGGACUACGGUACCGCCGCGGCAGGCACUUCGUCCGCCACCUCCCCAGCGGCAAAUUGCGUCUCGUGACUACGAGUCCGACGACUAUGAUGGUGGCGAGUCCAUGUACCAGGAGAUUGUCCCCCAAGGAUACGAAUAUGAAGACGGCGUGGUCUCUCGACCUCGUUCGCAUCGUCGGGGCUCCAGCACCUAUAGUCGCGAUGGCUAUCAGAUCGAGCCCGCUCCUGCCCCGCGCAGUAGCCGACGGCAUUCGUACAUGGCCGGAGGCGAGAGCGGCAGCUUCUCGCAAUCCAAGUACGAUUCUGCUACGGCCGCCGCUGUCGCCUACCAGAACGGCGUGAGCGGCGCUGCGGUGCCUCUGACCGCUGCUGCUCUGUCCAAAGCUGAGAAGAAGAGCAAGAGCAGCAGGUCCAGUGGGAGCAGCGGGAGCCGUGAUGAGAGCGACUACCGGCGCAGCGCCACCACGCGAACCACCCGGUCAUCCACCGGCGACGGCGAGGACAUCACCAUCAAAGUCACCGGCCACGCCGUCCUCAGGGUCGGAAAUGCUGAAAUACAGUGUCAGGAUGGUGGCGAAAUUAACAUUAGCCAAUCAGGACGCCUCGGUGGGAGUGACAGGGCUAGCACCAUCUACUCUGACGACCGUCGGAGCCGCAUGGAGCGACUACCAAUCCGUGCCCGAUCACCGAGCCAGUCCGAUUCUUACAGUCGCAGCCAUGUCGACAGCUACGAAUACCCGAGAAUUCCGUUCACCUAACGGAGCGUAACGAUGAUGACGAGUUGACGAAGCGACACAUUUAUUUCCUAUUCACAUUUUCAACGGAUUUCCAUUAGAGCGAGCAUUUUCCUUCUCCUUGUUUCUUUUUCUGAACUUGGGCUCAGAUUUACAGACAGAUGUAUCGAUAUCAUUGGCUUCUUGUUUCUUUCUCUGCUUCUGCACCUGCUUCAGGUCGACUUUCUGGAAGCGGAAAAGUUUAUACCCGGGGCGGAGGCUAUCGCAAGCUCUGCUCUUUUUUGCCAUUUUCUCUGCAUUUCUAUACCAUUGUCAGAAUGAUUUAUGUACAUGCGGGCUGUAGUUUCCGCGGAGGAGGACGACGUGCUGAGAUUGUAUGGCCGGACACGAAGUUGGGAUUUUGUUAUCUGGGCGGGCAUGGCAUAGGCGAAGGAUAAAGGUGUCUUGAUUGUUUGCACUGGUGAUUGAUGGAUGCCGUGCUCCGGCGACGAUCCUCCGGCCCCCUCCCUUGUGCGGCAAAGCUUGUGUCGUAUUUUUAGCAAGACAUCCGCGUUGGGGAACAACUUGAUAGACAACCUGUUUCGUCAAUCCGGGAGGUUCGCACUUCUAGUGCCCUUGGGAAAGGACGGCACUUGGAAAUUGUUAUGGACAAGUACUGGGUUUCGUUUGUUCACUUCUGCUUGGAGGUCUAUUUGGCAAGAUAUCAUUGGGAUGGGCUCGGCCCCCCUAAGCCAUCAUCAUUUUGGGGAGUAACCAGGGUGGUUACUGGAAAAAGAGGAAUGGGAUGGACACGGUGUUAGGAAGCGGAUGACUUGCCGUCUUUCGCGGCAAGGACAGAUACCCCUACUUAGCAUGGCUGAGCCAUAUAGAUCGCAAUGAACAAUAAUGUU